GAUCGACCAGCUUGGUCCUACGAGGUGGAGAGAUUCAGAAUGACCUUGUGUGGCACUAGAUUUCUGUGUUUCCUUAAGAUGUCUGCGUUAGUCAUAGGAUUUGGCAUGGUUUUAUUUACGUUCAGAAGUAUGUACCUUCAUGAAAAGUUCAGCCUCCAACUCGAACUUCCUCGUCCUGCUCUGGCUGACCUGAUGCCAAAGCUUCUACCUGAGGAGCGCCUCAGGACCCUCUUUACCUACAGUGAAGUCUGGCUGUUCCCGAAAAAUCAGUGCCAAUGUGAAACCAAACAUCAGGGCUACAACUUUCAGGAUGCUUAUGCCCGGACAGACCUCCCUGCGGUGGAAGCAAGGAGACGGGCUGAAUUUGAACACUUUCAGAGGAGAGAAGGGCUGCCCCGCCCACCGCCCCUGCUGGCUCCGCCCAACCUCCCCUUUGGGUACCCGGUCCAUGGGGUGGAGGUGAUGCCCCUGCACACGGUUCCCAUCCCAGGUCUCCAGUUUGAUGGACCCAAUGCCCCCGUCUAUCAGGUCACCCUGACAGCUUCUCUGGGGACACUCAACACCCUCGUAGACAUCCCAGACAAUGUGGUGCAGGGCAGAGGCCAGAAGCAUCUGACCAUUUCUACCAGCGACCGGAAGCUUUUGAAUUUCAUCCUCCAGCACGUGACCUACACCAGCACGGUGUACCAGCUCCACAGGGUGGAUGUGGUGAGUCUGAAGUUCAAGUCUUCAAUAGUCAAGUUUCCAGUGGUCAUCCGCCAUCCUGUUGUACCCAAGUUAUAUGACCCUGGACCAGAGAGGAAACUGAGAGACCUCGUGACCAUCGCCACCAAAACUUUCCUCCGUCCCCACAAACUCAUGACCAUGCUCCGGAGUCUUCGUGAGUAUUAUCCAGACUUGACUGUGAUCGUGGCUGAUGACGGCAAGGAACCUUUGAAAAUUAAUGACAGCCAUGUGGAGUACUACAUCAUGCCCUUUGGGAAGGGUUGGUUUGCUGGUAGAAACCUGGCCAUAUCUCAGGUCACCACCAAAUACGUCCUCUGGGUGGAUGAUGACUUUCUCUUCAACAACAAGACCAAGAUUGAGAUGCUGGUGGAUGUUCUGGAGAAAACGGAACUGGAUGUGGUGGGCGGCAGUGUGCUUGGAAACGUGUUCCAGUUUAGGCUGUUGCUGGAGCAGAGUGAGAACGGACAUUGUCUUCACCGGAGGUCAGGCUCUUUCCGGCCCCUGGACGGCUUCCCCAACUGUGUGGUGACCAGUGGCGUUGUCAACUUCUUUCUUGCCCACACAGAACGACUCCAAAGGGUUGGCUUCGACCCCCGUCUGCAAAGAGUGGCUCAUUCAGAGUUCUUUAUUGACGGGCUCGGAAGCCUGCUGGUGGGUUCAUGCCCAGACGUGAGUAUAGGUCACCAGGCCCGUUCUCCAGAGGUGGACCCACAGCUGGGUGCCCUGGAGAAGACCUACAGCAAAUACCGGCUCAACACCAAUGCCCAGGUCCAGUUCAAGCUGGCUCUCCACUACUUCAAGAACUAUCUCCACUGCUCCACGUAAAGGUGCCUGGACAUCAAAAAAAGCACGAAAUCAACUGGUUGUGGGUAUCUG